AUGCAACCUGGAUCAGAAGGCAUCGAGCUCCUAGCGGCUCUUGUGGACCCUGACGGCGUCGAAGAAGACGAAUACCGUUUUUUGGUCGACGGAAAGCACGUUAAGUACGUGACUAUUGAAGCAGGUGCUCUUCCUGCUGAGAUCCAUCGUUCUUUCAAACCUGAUGUGCUUCGAGCGAUACCUGAGUUCCCACACGGCGAUUGGACCAAGGGCCGUAUAUCAAAGGAUAACCGCACUGGGAAACCGGUCUUCUCAUCGAUAUCCUCGGACAAACUCCCCGCAGUCGAAUCUGUCUGGUGUCCGAUCGUCGUUGACCACCUGGAGCUCAAGACAGUGGCCCGCGUCCGCCAGAACAUCCAUAAAGUCAGCCAUGUCUUGUUUCCGGAGCCUGUUAUCUUUAAGCUUGCCAAUUUCCCUUGGGAAAUCCCGUUUAUGGAGGUGGAGACCAGAGCUUACUCAUGGAUUCAAGAUGAGGACAUUGGACCUCGUUUCUUAGGACAUGUGUCAGAAGGCGGAAGGGUCGUCGGAUUCCUGAUGGAGAAUAUCGAUGGAGCCUCCCCGGCAACACUUGAUGAUUUAGAGGCGUGCAGGAUGGCACUUGCUCGGCUUCAUCUUCUUGGGGUGCAACAUGGAGAUGUCAACAGGAACAAUUUUCUCGUUCAAAGACCCGAGGGCAAGGUGACGAUAAUUGACUUCGAGGUGGCGAGGAAAUGUGAUGAGCAGGAGCGGUUGCAAGCUGAGAAUGCGAGUUUAGAGGAGAGCUUCAGAGAUCCAUCCAAUCGGGGUGGUAUUGUUGUCAUAUCUGCAAAUUAG